GUUCCCUCCUCCAACUACGAGAUGCCGGUGUCCAUCCCUGUUAGCAACCAGAACAGUCUCAUCUACAGCCACCCAGGAGGUUCCCUAGGCAACCACAACCUGCUGCCCCUGGCACACCACAUGCAGAGGAACAGCAUGUCCCCCGGUGUCACACAUAGACCUCCCAGUGCAGGUGGCCUCAUGGGUGCUGACCUCACCACUGGCGCGGGCACCAGUGCUGGCAACGGCUACGGGAACCACCACCGUAACUCGCCUGGUCUACUGGUCUCUCCGGGCAGCAUGAACAAGAGCAUGCAGGCCAAGUCUCCCCCGACCAUGAACCUGGGAAUGAACAGCAACCGCAAGCCUGACCUGCGGGUGCUUGUCCCCCCUGGAGUCAAGAACAACAUGCCCUCCAUCUCUGAUGAUGUCGAUCUGCUAUUGAACCAGAGAAUAAACAACUCCCAGUCUGCACAGUCAUUGGCCACCCCUGUGGUUUCAGUAGCAACGCCCACCCUACCUGGGCAAGGAAUGGGCGGUUACCCAUCAGCCAUGUCCACUUCAUACGGUACUGAAUACUCGCUGAGCAGUGCAGACCUGUCCUCCCUGUCUGGCUUUAACAGUGGUAGCUCCCUCCACCUGGGCUCCAUGAGCGGAUGGCAACAGCAACACCUCCAGAACAUGCAGCAGCACUCUGCCCUCAGUCAGCUAGGAAAUUGCAAUAGCAAUCACUUAUGUCACAAUUCAAAUCUCUCCCUGCCUUCUGCUCAAAGCCUGCACAUCAAGUCCGAACCUGUUUCUCCUCCUAGAGAUCGCACCAGCAGCACACCGGGGGGCUACGGCGUCCCGCAGCUUCAGCACCCCUCGUCCCGCCAAGACUCAGGCCGCUCCCCUGUCGACAGCCUGAGUAGCUGCAGCAGCUCCCACGAGGGCAGUGACCGCGACGAGCACAGGAACGAGUUCCACUCUCCACUGGGAAUGUCCCGGCCCGCCCUGGACGGGCACGAGAGCCCCUCGGUCAAACGUGUGCGCCUGUCCGAUGGAUGGGCCACAUGAUAGCCACGUCCAGUGUUGGCUGUCGCUCAAGCCUCGCUCACGCUGCGACGUCAUGAUGCCCCGACACCCUCACUCUCGAUAUCACCACACGACGCGUCACUCACCUCCGGAGCCCAUGCUCUCUCUAUCUCUCUGUCUCUCUCUCUCUCUUAUCUCUCUAUCUCUAUCUCUCUCUCUCUCUUAUCUCUCUCUAUCUCAUUGGAGGAAGGGGGGCACCUUUUUCUAUAUUUAACUGUAAUGUUUCUUUUUGCUUUUUGCAGAGUAUGUGUGCUAUACAUAUUGAAGUUCUAUAAGGCAGUGGAGGAGGUUGGUUGGAAUGGGGUUAGGGGAUAUUUUUGGUGGGGAACUAUGCAUUACUUGUGCCGUGUGUGGAAAAAAAAUGUAUGCGUAUAAAUUUACAAGUGUGUCUAUGUGCACAUAUAUGCAUAUCAACAAAUAAACAAAAAAAAGUCAGGUACUCUGUUUUGUAAAAGUACUUAUAACUUUCCUCAGUGAUAAUCAGUUACUAGUAGAGGAAACAUCCAGAGUGUAUGUUGCUAAGUGAACAGCCUAGCACUUGAGUUGGCCAACCAAUACAUGUGUACAGCGUCAAUUUCAUUGCUACCUUUCUCCGCGGUUCUCCCUUACAAAAUGUUUGUUACGAUAGAUGAUGUCAUGUUGCAGGUUCAACGUAUUUAUGUAAAUAGAGGGUCAGAUGGCAAAGGGGAGGGGUCAAAAGUUGCCAGACAUUACAGAUUAUUCAUACACAUAAUGAAAGCUAAUAUGCAACAUUUGAAGGAUUGUACAGGUAUUACCGCAGGCCCGUUGGUAGAUGUGAGGAACCAGGAAGAGAACCCAUGCUAAACAGAGAGCUCCUCAAAUAUGGAGCCUAUAGAUAAGAACAUCCUUUUACCCAAGAGCCAUGUUAGUGUAAUCAAGAAACCAUGGGUCUUGUAUUAGAUAUUCAGUAUAAAAAACUAUUGUACGAUACACUUGCUUAUAUUUUCAUAUGAAAGAAAUACAAUGCAAAGCAUUUUUGAGGCUUUUUGUAGUUUCUAUAAGCCAGAAUGUGUUUUUUGAUAGCUUUGCUAAUAUGAAUGAGAUGGAUAGUCCGACAAGAAAUGAAAUUACUGGGCGUCCAAACCAAGCCAUGAGAACAGACUGAGAACCCAUGCUUUGCUGAACUGUUUUCUCUUUGUAGAGGUUUUGUUUUUAAACGUGUAUUUCUAAUUAUAUAUAAUAAUGAUAAAAUUAAGACUCUUUAAAAAAAAAUCUGUGAAAUUAACAUGCUUGUGUAUAGCUUUCUAAUAUAUAAAUAUAUAUAAUAAUGUCGUUUUUUUCUUAGUGGAGUUUCUUAUGUGCAGUUGUUUGUUAUGUUGUUUUAUUUGAGCCUGGGACAGUGCUGUUCAGAGGCAUAUUUAGUCUAACCUUGAAAGGCAGCUUAUUAACAGAGUUGACCCUGUCUGUGUUUAUGAGUCAAUUAAGAAAGAUAGACCUCUUUCAAACAACAAGUUUGAGGAAACUGUGUGGGGAUUGGAAGAGGGGGUUAAUGCCCAGGCAGGAGAUGACAUCCCACUGGGCACAGACAUCAGUUCAAUGUCUAGUUUUGAUUUAGAUUUGGUUGAGUUGUCAACUAAUGUGAAUUCAAUAUGAAAUCAACAAAACAUGUCACCACGUCAUUGGAUUUAGGUCAAAGGGGUGAAAAAAGACGAAAUUCCCUUUGAAUUUUUGGGUUGAAAUGACGUGGAAACAACGUUGACUCAACCAAUUUUUUCCCAGUGGGAUGUGACAUCCCAAAGGAAGGUUUGAUAUCACCCAUGGUGACCCAUCUUUGCUAUGUCAUGAUCCUCAUCGUUAGGAUUCUACAACAACACCCGCCCACAUCCUCUUUGAUGGGCCUUUGACCCACCUAUUUUGUAUAUUUUCAAGGUUUUAUUUAAUGUUUUCACUACAAAUCAUUUGCCAAUUAUCACAAUGAGACCCAACCUUGUGUGCAGGACAACACAUAAGUCCAGAUUAAAAUAUUUAUUUGAUAGUUUGUAUUUGUGUCAAAUGAUCGAGCUGUUGAGUAUUUUUGUGGUCUCUAAUCACGAGGUGUUGUGCUGUAUUUGACCCCACUCAGUCCAAUGGCCAGCUCAGUGUUCCACCCAGCCCCCCUCCCCCUAAUGUUUAUGCUGGUUUAGGAAAAGCAAGAGUUGAUUUCAGACAAAUAUAACUUGUUUACAACAUGAAACUAGCCACAUCGCUCUCUCUCUCUGCCUCUCACUCCCUAGUCUGCUGUCACUCAAGUGUUAUGGUAUUCCUAUGUGCAUAUUUCAUGCCAGUUCACUAUGUUGUUACUGUAUGCAGUCUGUGUAGUCAGAAACAGGGGCAGAGCCCUAUGGUGUUCUUUCUUUUUUCAAUACAAAAGUUUUUUAAAAACAUGAUAUUUCAGGCAGCAUAUGUGUGGAGAAACCAAAGCCAGUGGCAUUUCUGUAUUGUAAUAUUAUUCAACCUUUAUUUUCACAUUCAUUUAUGGUUAUUGCAAGCAUUGAAAAAACAAUAAAAGCAUUUACUCAAAAUGUA